GUGCAGUGUGUAUGUGUUCCGUUCCGCUACCACAGGGCUAAAAUGGACCUUUUCAAAUUUCAUUGAUGUGGCGGUUGAAAGUAGUUGCAGAUAACAGUGCAAAAUGCAAAUAUGCGAUGCAAUGCAAAACUCGUGUCAUUUCUCUCUCUCUCUCUCUCUCUCACAGUGAGAAGCCAUGGGCAACACAUCCUCCAUGCUCACGCAAUACGACAUCGAAGAGGUUCAGCAACAUUGCGAAGACGCUUUUACGCAACAAGAGAUCGUUUCUCUCUACAAACGCUUCUGCCAGCUCGAUCGCAACAACUGCGGUUUCAUCCCUUCCGAUGAAUUCCUCUCAAUUCCCGAAUUCGCCGUCAAUCCUCUCUCUCAGAGUUUGUUGAGGAUGCUGGAUGGGUUGAAUUUCAAAGAAUUUGUGGCUUUCUUGUCUGCCUUCAGUCCUCGUGCUACUGUCCAUCAUAAAAUUGAAUUCAUUUUCAAGGUCUAUGAUACCGAUUGCAAUGGAAAAGUGUCCUUCCAUGACAUGCUGAGGGCUUUAAGGGAUUUGACUGGACCCUUCAUGUCUGAACAACAAAGAGAGGAAGUUCUGACACGGGUCCUUGAGGAAGCUGGCUAUACAAAGGAUUCUUUAUUAGUCUUGUCUGACUUCAUGAAGAUUCUUGGCAAUUCGGGUUUGAAGAUGGAAGUAGAGGUUCCGGUGGAUUAGAAUGAGGAUAAUACAAUUGCCUUAAGAGUAUAAUAUACAAAAAGAAACUUGAUAUCAUACUUUCGUUUGAUCUUCUUAUUUUUUAGAACUUUUCUUUGAGUUUGAUGACGGAAAUUCUUGGUUCUGGUAUUUAGUUCUUCCUCUUAAUGGGUAAUAGAUUAUUUGUUGUGUUUAAUUACUGAGUCAAAAUUGUGGAUGAUAUAAUUUUUAACAAAUGCUAU